AUGUCAUCCACUGUGAUAUCAAGCCUUAAAAACCUUCUCCUUGGUCUUGAUGGAAAGGUGAAGAUAGGUGAUUUUGGAUGUAGUGUCCAAGCAAACAGUAAUUGCUGGAUGACAUUCUGUGGCACUCUCAAUUACAUUGCCCCUGAAAUGGUUGCAGGGGAACCCUGCAUGGAGAAAGUGGAUCACUGGGCACUGUCCUUGCUUAUGAGUUUCUUGUUGGCAAUGUACCCUUCGAAGCGAAUAGUUCCAUAG